AUGGCCUUUUGUAUAUUACACAAGAUCCGGACGACAGCCAACGUUACUCCGCUCACCUGCGAUCUUGCCUCCAUCACCGGCGAAUGCUGGAUCGCCAACGCAACCUUCGCGAAUGGUACUGCUGCAGGAUCAAUGUUCAUCGAGAAGAAUAAUACAAUGGGUGUCUUGCCCAUUACCCGAAUCGCCUAUGUCAACAGAACUGUGACGGGAUUUGCUCUGUUUGCCUCACAAUUGGUAUAUAACAGUAACACUGAACUUGAAGUUCAGUUCUGGCCAAAGUCGACUGAUACUGCUGGUGUUUAUGGGCUUAUUUGGACUCCAGACGGGGAGACUCCAACUGGGGACUUCCCAGUUGUGGUAAAGACUUCGGAGGAUUCCUAG